GUCAUCUGUUAACAAGUCGUAUACAAACACCGUUGAAAAUUUGAAUUCUGGACUCUUCUGACUCUUAGAUCUACUGUUUUUGUAUAUAUUGUCUUAUAUUUCUUCUUCUUCCUUGUGAUCUAGAUUCAUUUUUGAUAUCAUUUUGAAUUAGGUUAGGUUCUGAUUAAUUCAAUAGUCAUUACAAAAUCAAAUCAAACUAAAGAAGUCAUCAUUCAACGGAUCUAAACCCAAGAUGGAAUCAAUCACUAAAUUCUCCAUGACAGUUUGUCCCUUUGUCAAAUCAUCUUCAGUUCAAUCUUUACGUCAAUUAAGUUCAACCUCAGGUGGAUUAGCAAGCCAAGCUCGUCAAUGUCCCUUCAUGGCUGCUGCUUUACAAGCCAAGGAACAAUCAAGAAAUUAUUCAAGAGCUUCUAAUCCUUUGAAUGCUACUGCUAGUUCAAAUUCAACUACGGUUAAAUCAUCAAACUCCACUCCUUAUUCAUUCCAAUCUAAUCAAAUCCCAGCUAAUCAAUUAAAUCUUUCAUCUAAUGAAACUGUUUUUGAUUAUAAUGGUUAUUUGGAAUCAGAAAUGGAAAAGAAAAGAGUUGAUAAAUCUUAUCGUUUCUUUAAUAAUAUUAAUCGUUUAGCUCAUGAAUUCCCAAAGGCUCAUAGAACUAAUGAAUCUGAUAAAGUUACGGUUUGGUGUUCCAAUGAUUAUCUUGGUAUGGGAAAACAUUCAAAAACUAUUGAAGAAAUGAAAAAAGUUUUAGAUACUUAUGGUUCAGGUGCAGGUGGUACUAGAAAUAUUGCAGGUCAUAAUCGUCAUGCCAUUAAAUUAGAAUCUGAAAUUGCUGCUUUACAUAAACAUGAAGCGGCGUUAGUUUUUAGUUCAUGUUUUGUAGCUAAUGAUGCUGUGUUAUCAAUGUUUGGUCAAAAAUUAAAAGAUUUAGUUAUCUUUUCUGAUGAAUUAAAUCAUGCUUCAAUGAUUCAAGGGAUUAGAAAUUCAAGAGCUAAAAAGGAAAUCUUUAAACAUAAUAAUUUACAAGAUUUAGAAGCUAGAUUAGCUAAAUAUCCAAAAUCAAUUCCAAAAUUAAUUGCUUUUGAAUCAGUUUAUUCCAUGUGUGGUUCAAUUUCUCCAAUUGAAGCCAUUUGUGAUUUAGCUGAUAAAUAUGGUGCUUUAACCUUUUUAGAUGAAGUCCAUGCUGUUGGUAUGUAUGGUCCUCAUGGUGCUGGUGUUGCUGAACAUCUUAAUUUCGAUGCUCAAUUAAAAUCAGGUAUGAAUAAAGUCAAUACUGAAACUGUUAUGAAUAGAAUUGAUAUGGUUACUGGUACUUUAGGUAAAGCGUUUGGUACUGUUGGUGGUUAUGUUACUGGUAAAGCUAAAUUAAUUGAUUGGUUUAGAUCUUAUGCUCCAGGGUUUAUCUUUACUACCACUUUACCACCCGCAAUUAUGGCUGGUUCAUCCACUUCAAUUAGAUAUCAAAGAUCAACUUUAAAUGAUCGUAUUAGUCAACAAAAGAACACUAGAUAUGUCAAGAACAAUCUUAAUGACAUUGGUAUUCCAGUUAUACCAAAUCCUUCUCAUAUUGUUCCAGUAUUAGUUGGUAAUGCUGCUGAUGCUAAAAGAGCAAGUGAUUUAUUAUUAGAUAAACAUAAUAUUUAUGUUCAAGCUAUCAACUUCCCAACUGUUCCAAUUGGUGAAGAAAGAUUAAGAAUUACUCCAACUCCAGGUCAUGGACCUCAAAUUUCAAAUCAAUUGAUUGGAGCUUUAGAUUCAGUAUUUAAUGAAUUGAAUUUAAAUAGAAUUAAUGAUUGGAAAGCUCAAGGUGGAUUAUGUGGAGUUGGAUCUGAAAAUGCAAGUAAGAUCGAACAUAUUUGGACUGAUGAACAAUUGAAUUUAACUGAUGCUGAUUUGAAUCCAAAUGUUUUCGAACCAACUGUUGCUCCAAUUGGUGUUUCAUCUGGUGUUUCAGCUUAUUAAAUCUGACGUGAAGAAGUGACAACAACACGUCAUUCUUUUUUUACCGACCAUAAAUCAAUCGAUCUGAUGUUUUGUCGUUUUUUUAAUGCUGUUGUAAAUUCACCUACUCAAACACACACUCUCACAUAUUCACGGUUGUCCUAUCUUUUUUCAAAAUAAUUCUUUUUUAUACUUUAAAAUGUUACCUAUUCAGGACGUUUACUUUACAAGGACACUGACAUUAUAUACUCUUUAUAGCUAUUCAACAUUGUUUAUUAUCAAAAAUCCAAUAAAAGCCAAAAAAAUCACUCUCUCUAAUUACAAUCUUAUACUGUAA